CCGCCCCAGAUAUCAUGGCGGCUCCCUUGGCCCUGGUGCUGGUGGUGGCCGUGACUGUGCGGGCGGCCUUGUUCCGCUCCAGUCUGGCCGAGUUCAUUUCCGAGCGGGUGGAGGUGGUAUCCCCACUGAGCUCUUGGAAGAGAGUGGUCGAAGGCCUCUCACUGUUAGACUUGGGAGUAUCUCCGUAUUCUGGAGCAAUAUUUCAUGAAACUCCAUUAAUAAUAUACCUCUUUCAUUUCCUAAUUGACUAUGCUGAAUUGGUAUUUAUGAUAACUGAUGCACUCACUGCUGUUGCCCUGUAUUUUGCAAUCCAGGACUUCAAUAAAGUUGUGUUUAAAAAGCAGAAACUCCUCUUAGAACUGGACCAGUAUGCCCCAGAUGUGGCUGAACUCAUCCGAACCCCUAUGGAAAUGCGUUAUAUCCCUCUGAAAGUGGCCCUGUUCUAUCUCUUAAAUCCCUACACGAUCUUGUCUUGUGUUGCCAAGUCUACCUGCGCCAUCAACAACACCCUCAUUGCUUUCUUCAUUUUGACCACGAUAAAAGGCAGUGCUUUCCUCAGUGCUAUUUUUCUUGCCUUAGCAACAUACCAGUCUCUGUAUCCAAUCACCUUGUUUGUCCCAGGACUCCUCUAUCUCCUCCAGUUUUCGGCGGACACAACAUCUUUCUUUGUGAAUGUGGUGCUGAGGAUCGAACCCGGGCCACAGGCAUGCCAGCGGCAGUACAUACCUGUGAAAGUGAAGAGCAAAGCCUUCUGGAUCUUCUCUUGGGAGUAUGCCAUGAUGUAUGUGGGAAGCCUAGUGGUAAUCGUUUGCCUCUCCUUCUUCCUUCUCAGCUCCUGGGAUUUCAUCCCUGCUGUCUAUGGCUUCAUACUUUCUGUUCCAGAUCUCACUCCAAACAUUGGUCUUUUCUGGUACUUCUUUGCAGAGAUGUUUGAGCACUUCAGCCUCUUCUUUGUCUGCGUGUUUCAGAUCAACGUCUUCUUCUACACUGUCCCCUUAGCCAUCAAGCUAAAGGAGCACCCUAUCUUCUUCAUGUUUAUCCAGAUUGCCAUCAUCUCCAUCUUCAAGUCCUACCCAACUGUGGGGGACGUGGCGCUCUACAUGGCCUUCUUUCCUGUGUGGAACCACCUCUACAGAUUCCUGCGGAAUAUUUUCGUGCUUGCCUGCAUCAUCAUCGUCUGUUCCCUGCUCUUCCCCGUCCUGUGGCACCUCUGGAUUUAUGCAGGAAGUGCCAACUCUAAUUUCUUUUAUGCCAUCACACUGACCUUCAACGUUGGUCAGAUCCUGCUCAUUUCUGAUUACUUCUAUGCCUUCCUGCGGCGGGAGUACUACCUCACACACGGUCUCUACUUGACGGCCAAGGACGGCACAGAGGCCAUGCUUGUGCUCAAGUAGGCCUGGUGGGGCACAGUGCUGCACAGAGACUUCAACAAGAAAGGGCCAGAAGCUGGGCCAGGCUCCAUAUCCAGAGGUGCCAGCAGGCAAGUCCUCUAGCAAAAGAGGUUCGAGUCCAGGGACCCAAAUCACUGGCAUCAAAGAGGGCCCAUGGCUGGCAGCAAGGCCUGUGGGGAACAGCUGGAAGUAUCCCCACUUGGACCCCUACUUUGUGGCCCUGCACACCAAGGAGUCCCCUCCCAGGCAGGAAGGGGGAAAAAGGUGAGCAGUGCUUGAUAGGUUGUGGCUACUUAAUAAAUAAAAUGUUUUGUUAUAAAGAUA